UGAGAGGAGCCUUGUCUCCCUCCCUUUGUGAAGCCAACUGCCUGUGAGUUUGUAACCAUUACAGCUGUUGAUGAUGAAACAAUAAAGAAGAACCUCCUCUAAGUCAAAAAGUGCAGCUAGAGAUAAGAUUCAUUUUCAAUGCCCCUGCAGCUGCGUCUGAUGGCAUGGCCACCGCACUUCUCAGCAAGUGGGGAUCCAAGGCUGAUUCAUCGCAAAGGCCAGACACAUUCAGCAUCUGCCCUGUGCCUGACGCUGUGCUAGGUGCUGGGGCUGCAGCUGAAUGCACCGAUAGGAUGGACCUAGUCCUGGAAUUCUGCUCUUGAGCACGCUCAUUGGAAACAAGAGGAUCCCCAGAGGCAGAUUCAUCAGAAAACUCAGCCUCUCCACAGCUCAAAGUACCAGAAGUUUAUUGCAGGAUGUGAUUAUCAUGGCACCUGCAUUACUGAUUCUCUUGGGGGCUACAGUGAUACUGAGAGCAGACUCACUUUCUGAUAAAAAAUCUUUACUUCUCCCACCUACCAACUUCACUAUCAAAGUUACUGGCCUUUCCCAAGUUCUUUUGCAUUGGGAAUCAAAUCCUGAUCAAGAGCCAGUGAAUAUAGAGCUAGGCUAUCAUGUGAGAAUAAAUGCUCCACAAGAAGAAGACUACGAAACCAGGAACACUGAAAGCAAACGUGUAACCGUUCUUCAUAAAGGCUUUUCAGCAAGUGUGCAGACGGUCCCUUGGAACGGCCAGCCCCUCCCACCAAGCCGCUGGGUUUCUGCUGAACUUAAAGCCCCACCUGGGUCUCCUGGAACCUCAAUUGUGAAUUUAACAUGUACCACAAACACCACAGUGAAUAAUCAUACUCCCUUAAGGCCAUACCAAGUUUCUCUUCACUGCUCCUGGCUAGCUGGCAAGGAUGCCCCUGAGGAUACACAGUAUUUUCUCUACUAUAGGUAUGGGUCCUGGACCGAAGAAUGCCAGGAGUACAGGAGAGACACCCUGAACAGAAAUACUGCAUGCUGGUUUCCAAAGACUUUUAUCAGCAGCAGAGGGAGUGAGGCACUCGCAGUGCAUGCUAAUGGCUCAAGCAAGCAUGCUCCAAUCAAGCCUUUUGAUCAGCUGUUUGCUCUUCAUGCAAUCGAUCGCAUUAAUCCUCCAGUGAAUGUCACAGCAGAGAUUGAAGGAACCUGUCUUUCAAUUCAGUGGGAAAAACCAGUUUCUGCCUUUCCAAUUCACUGCUUUGAAUAUGAAGUGAAAAUUUACAACACAAGGAAAAAUUAUUUCCAGACAGAAAAACUGAUGACGAAUGCAUUCAUCUCAAUAAUUGAUGAUAUUUCUAAGUAUUCCAUUCAAGUGAGAGCCACUGUGAGUUCUAUGUGCAGACAGAUGGGGUUUUGGAGCGAGUGGAGUCAACCUAUAUACGUGGGAAGUGAUGACCAGAAGCCCUCCACAGAAUGGUUUCUUAUCGUGCUUAUGGCGGCCAUCUGCUUCAUCUUGCUAAUUUUCUCCUUCAUCUGUAAAACAGGCCACUUAUGGACCAGGUUGUUUCCACCAGUUCCGGCACCAAAAAGUAGUAUUCAAGAUUUCUUUGUCAUCGUCAGCUCUGAGAAAACUGUUUCCACUGAAACAGAAAUUGAAGUCAUAAGUUAUGUGGAAGACCCUGGAUUUGAGACCCUGGAAGAUUCUGUGUUUUGAUUGGCACUGCAGCAUUCUCAAAAUGAACUCACACUCACAUGCCUCAGCGAUAAGAAGAACGGAACUGUUGUUUCUUGGCUAAGAAGAGUUCAGAAUUUACUGAACACUCAAUUUAGCUGCAAGGCAAUACACUCAGACAAAUCUUUUAAAAGUGUACAUGCCUCAUCAAAAACUCCUUGCUCACUCAGGGUGAUGGAUUAAUCUGAUCAUUCUGCCAUGUCUUUUCUCCCCACUCUACAGGGUACCAACUCUUCACCUGCCAGUCUUUAUGAUUUACAUUACUUACCUCAAACUUUUGUACACGAGUCAGUUUUUAAGGCUGAUGUCAACUGGCAGAGCUGGUUUUACAGUUGAAGCUGCCAAUGGUAAUACUCAACUAAAAUAUCAGGAAGAAAGCAUUUUGCACCAGCCUGGAGUUAAUUAUGACUUAGAUUUGAGAUGGUCUUUCCUAAAGCUAGAGCAAGUGGGAGCCAUGGUGGGUUGUUGUUGUUGUUUUAUAGAAUACUUUUUGUCUCAAGUAGUGUGUUGGGGGAGUGGGGGAAGGAGAGGGAGAGAAGCAUGAUCUCAAAUUCUAUAGCUAUGAUUGAGGAAACAUGAUUUGAAGCAAACUCAUUAAAAACAUGAAGAGCUAAUAUAUCACUCCAAACCAAAACAGAGAACAGGAUAUUGUUUGAGAUUGUAUUCUUGAAGACAGCAUUGAUAUUCAAGAACAUACUGAGAAAGGCAGAACUGGGUUGGGAAGGGGACUGCUCAAUCAAGAAUGAACUUUCUGCAAGAGAUGCUUGCUUCCAAAGAUUUAAGAGCAACUCCUGGGUGCUGUUCAAGUAGUUCUCUAUCAGUCCUAGCCUUUUAGGUUCCAAAGACAUUCUACAAACAUUCCAUCAAACAUCCCAAUCUAGACAUCCUCUUGUAGGAUGAUUUAUGCCUCCCAGAGUUGGUUUAGUCAAAUGGAUUCAAUAAUGGGGCACACUGACUAACUACCAAAUACUUCCAGGGGGUGCUCUUUUGGUAACCAUCAAUUGAAACUAGCAGCAGGUUGGACCCAGAACAACAGGCAGAGCAGUAAGACAUCUGUCAGUUGUUGCCUGUUUCCAAGUAUUAUGGACUGAAUGUUUAUGCCCAUCCCCUUCUAAUUCAUAUUGAAACUAUACACCCCAGUGUGAUGGUAUUAGGAAGUGGGGGAUCUUUGAGAGGUGAUUAGGUCAUGAGGGUAAAGCCCUCAUGAAUGGGAUUAGUGCCCUUUUUAAGAGACCCCAGAGAGUUUUCUCUCCUCUAUGUAAAGAUACAAGAAGUUGGUAUUCUGAAAGCAGUAGGAGGGCUCUCCUGAGAACCCUGCCGUUCUGGCACCUUGAACAGAGAAUACCAGUCUGCAGAACUGAGAAACAAGUUUGUUAUUUAUAAGUCACCCAGAGUAUGGUACUUGGUUGUAGCAGCCUGAACUAAGAGGCCAAGUGUUAGCAACUAUGCCAGGUACUUUACACACAUUAUCUCUAAACCUGAGAAACCCACAUUGUUUGUAUUACUGCCUCCUUUUACAGGUGCAGUCACUAAGGAAAAUGCAUAAUGAAGGGUUGAAUUCCUGGCCCAAGUGAUCCCAAUAAUGCAGAGGGGACUGCUGGAAUAAAGUUGGAGUCUGCUUAGCAGUAGGACCUAGAGGGCAUAGCCCAUGGAGGUGCUGCUGCCAUCACUGGCAAAAUGUGUGAUUACCUGACUUGUACACUAUCUCUGUGAAUGGUGUUCAAGAACCUGCAUUCUUAAUGAAUAUUCUUAGGUUCUGCAUUCUGAAACCUGCUAGUGCCUUAGAAUCACCUGGAGGCAUCAUCAAAACAGAUUGUUGGGCCCUAUCCUCAGUUUGUGAUAGAGUAGAUCUGGGGUGGGGUAGGAGGUUCUGCAUUUCUAGAAAGUUCCCAGGUGAUGGGGCACCUGGGUGGCUCAGUCGAUUAAGCGGCUGAC